AUGUUGAAGUGGGAUGUCAUGUUGAGCUACCGUACAGCGGACACGGGCGCCAAGGAAUUUGGAGGUGAUGGCACCGUCCUGCAAAUAAAGACGUAUUUGGAGGAGCAUGGCUACACUGUCUACCUGAAUGAGAAUGUCCUGGAAGGUGGACACGACUGGAGCAAGGAGAUCCAGCAGGCCGUGAUGAACUGUAUGGUUUUUGUGAUGCUGUGCUCGCAAGGCCAAUCCUUACGCCUCGCAAUGCCGGUGCAUUCAUGCUUAGAAGCUAAUGCUGUACUUGGCAGGUACGGCGAAAAUAAGUGGACUUUUGGUGAGUUCCAGUUCGCCGAGAGCGAGCGCAAGCAUAUCAUCCCGUUGUGGCACAGCGGAACGUACCCGCCCCCACCCCUCAAGGUCAUGCUCGGCAACUACACCCGCGUCCCAAAGGGCGGAAAACCGCUAGUCCAGUGCGACUUCGACACCUGUAUGAAGCAGCUGGAGAGCCGACUGGGCCAGGCGCUGGCCAAGACCGCCCAGGAGGCCGCUGCAGCUCGCGACGCCACCAAGCCCUCCACCACACCUACGAGCUGCAUCCGCAAGUUGAUUGGCCAUGAAGAUGAGGUCUUGGUGUUGUGCUGGUCGUCCGAUAGCCGCACACUAGUCAGCGGUGGCGCCGACAAACAGACACUGCUGUGGGAAGCUAGCUCCGGCCGCUGCAUGAACAUGCUCCGGGGCCAUCGACAUGAGAUCUGCGCCCUGGGAUACAGCCCCGACGGCCGAAGGCUUACCACCGUAGGAGAGGAGGGCACCGUGCGGGUUUGGCACGCGGAGGAUCCUCAGUAUGAGCCGCCGCUGAUCCUGCCCGGCGAUGGGAGCUUAACAAGCAUGAGCUGGUACCCGGACAACUACCACUUGCUUACGUGCAGUCGUGAGCGCGUCUUGCGAGUAUGGAACGUGUGGCUAGGGGCGAGGGAGCGGUUGUUACGCCUGCCAGACAAUGUAGGUUUCCAUUUGCGGCUAUCACCGGAUGGCUAUAAGCUAGCAGCCAGCGGCAGUCCACCGAUAGUUUGGGUGUUGAAGGAGACCACGGGGGAGCCCCUGUUAUCGAUGCAAGGACACGCAGACACCGUCACGAGCUUGGCGUGGUCUCCGGACGGCAGAUUUCUGGCGACGACGAGCCGGGACAAGACCGCGCGUGUGUGGGAUGUGGCCACUGGACAGUGCAGGAUCAUCUUCGCGGGGCAUACUGAGUUUGUCACGGCAGCGUGCUGGUCCCCGGACGGCCGACAGCUAGCGACCGGGAGCGACGAUAAAACACUGCGCGUGUGGGAUUUGGGCUCGGGUGUGUGCCGCCGUACACUCAGUGGGCAUGCGGGAGCGGUGACGAGUGUGGCAUGGUCACCAGACGGACGCCACGUGGCGACAGGCUGCACCGACAAGAGCGUGCGCAUCUGGGCCUAG